AUGGCGAGCGACGAGACUCCUUUGGCGAAAGCGAUCGCGAAAUACAGACCUCCUCCGAUAAAUAAAGACUCUGCAAUAAACUACUACGCCCCGGCGUUCGGCACAUUUAAUUAUGCAUUGUUAUCCAUCAACGUGAUGAACCCCGGGAUUUUGCAAAGAGUCCUGCCCAAGCCAGACCUCACGAAUAUAUUUCUGUUCAACUCUUGCCUCGGGUCGUUUCUAUUCAUCGCCGGACGCCCACAUCUCAGUGAAGCGCCUCUCAAACUGCGCGUAGCAUACAGCGUGUACGGCUCAAUUUUGUUCAACAUGGGAUCAGUAUUAUCGUGGGCUAUUUUACGCAGUUUAUUGCCGAACAACUCUGGUCUGGCAACUGUUACUGGUCUAAUUUCAGGAUUCGCACUGACUGGCUGCGGUGUUGCAUACUUGAAUCACAAUGACGAAGCCGUUAAAGCGAAUAAAAAGUAG